CGACAACAACUCGACGCCGCAGCAUCCCUCAAAAUGAAGUACAUACAUUCAGAGGAACUGCUCGAUAUCCCCGAGGGGGUGAAGGUCUCCAUUAAGACCAGGAAUGUCGUUGUCGAAGGCCCUCGAGGAAAACUGACAAAGUCACUCGGUCACUUGGCUGUCAGCUUCUCGCACCCGAAGCAGAAUGUCAUCAAGAUCGAGCUCCACCACGGAUCCCGAAAGAGCGUCGCUACCCUUCGAACCGUCCGCACCAUCAUCAACAACUUGAUCAUUGGCGUCACCAAGGGAUUCAAGUACAAGAUGCGAUACGUCUAUGCCCAUUUCCCCAUCAACGUUAACCUCGAGAAGAACAAGGACACCGAUUGCUGGGAAGUUGAGAUCAGGAACUUUAUCGGCGAGAAGAUCGUCCGAAGGGUCAACAUGCGGCCUGGUGUUGAGGUCGAGGCCUCCAAGAACGUCAAGGACGAGCUCCAGCUGAGCGGAAACAGCCUCGAGGACGUCUCCCAAAGUGCUGCCGAUAUCCAGCAAAUCUGCAGAGUCCGCAAUAAGGAUAUCCGAAAGUUCUUGGACGGUCUGUACGUGUCGGAGCGGGGCAAUAUUGUUGAGGAUUAGGCGGUUACGGAGAUGGAGAUUACGGGUUUCUUUCACGGGCAUAUAAGCUUUUCUGCAUUGUGGAAUGCGACUGGGCGCCUUGGGGAUAAGCUCUAAAACAGUUUCAAUAAAACAAUACCAUGGGCUCAAGCACCUCAAAAAUUCCA